GGCAACCGCGGAGCAGCGCGUCAUGAUUGGCUGAGCGCAGAGCGGACGCCCUGAUCCUCGUGCUGCGGACCGUAAAGGUGCUCGGGCUGCGCGUGCUGUCUGCAGGCAGAGGCUCCGAGUUUGAAACCCAACUGAGUUCCUCCGUCGCUACGCUGCUGCCGUUCCCGGGCGAGGUGAUGCUGGACAUGGGCGAGCGGAAAGAAGUCAAAAUGAUCCCCAAAUCGUCGUUUAGUAUCAACAGUCUGGUGCCGGAGGCCGUGCAGAACGACAACAACAGCCAGCAGCACCACCAGCACCAGCACCACCCGCACCACCAGCACCACCAGCACCACCACAGCCACCGGGCAGCCGGCUCGGACGACGCCGACGAGAAGGCGUCUCUGCCCGCCGUGCAGCCGGACAGCAAACCGGAGCCUACCGUUUGUACCACGAAGAGUGACAGCUCCACCGCGGAGCCGGAGGACAAGGAGAAACCGGACGAGAAGAAGGACGGUGACGGGACCACCACCGUCGGGAAGGACGGCGACAAGAAGAGCGGCAAGUACGAGAAGCCCCCGUUCAGCUACAACGCGCUCAUCAUGAUGGCGAUCCGCCAGAGCCCCGAGAAGCGGCUCACGCUCAACGGCAUCUACGAGUUCAUCAUGAAGAACUUCCCGUACUACCGCGAGAACAAGCAGGGCUGGCAGAACUCCAUUCGCCACAACCUCAGCCUGAAUAAAUGUUUCGUCAAAGUCCCGCGACACUACGACGACCCGGGUAAGGGGAACUACUGGAUGCUGGACCCCAGCAGCGAUGACGUGUUCAUCGGCGGGACGACCGGUAAGCUGCGGCGGAGGUCCACCACCUCGCGGGCCAAACUGGCCUUCAAGCGGGGCGCGCGGCUCACCUCGGGGCUGACGUUCAUGGACCGGGCCGGGUCUCUGUACUGGCCCAUGUCCCCGUUCCUCUCCUUGCACCACCCCCGCGCCACGAGCGCCCUGAGCUACAACGGUGGGUCCCCUGGCUAUCCCAGCCACCCCAUGUCCUACAGCACCAUGCUGGCCCAGAACAGCCUCGCCAACAGCCACCCCUUCCCCUCCGCCGGCUCCGCAGGCGGCCUCAGCGUGGACCGCCUCGUCAGCGGAGACAUACCGUACGCGACGCAUCACCUCACGGCCGCGGCUCUAGCGGCCUCCGCCGUGCCAUGCGGCCUUUCCGUGCCUUGUUCGGGAACAACGUAUUCCUUAAACCCGUGUUCGGUCAACCUGCUAUCCGGUCAGACGAGCUACUUCUUCCCCCACGUCCCCCACCACCCGUCCAUGACCUCGGCACAGGGCUCCAUGCAGAGCGCCCGGGCUUCGGCGUCCAAUUCCCCGCAGGCGCCCUCCGCCUCCUCGCUGUCCUGUGACUCUCUAGUGCGGCCCUCGCUCCCCGCCUUCUCCUCGGGUCUGUCCUCGGGUCUUUCCGGGGGCCUGUCCGGUGGUCUGUCCGGGGGUCUUUCCGGGGGACUCUCAGACUAUUUCACUCACCAGAACCAGGGCUCCAGCUCGAACCCGCUUAUACACUAA